UGCUUAUCCUUAUUCCCGACUGGAAAGCCUCCGAGGUUUAGAUACGUAGUGUGGUCCCGGAUCGAUCAGAAGAGCUGCUUGAAGGCUAUGCAACUUGCAGGGUUAGAGGUGGUCAGCGUUGAUCAGAAACAAUCAGACUCGGAGACAGAGCAAGGCCUUGUUACUGAUGUUGAUGCCAUACGGGAAAAGGUUGACUACCUUGGAGGAGCUGAUUCAGUGGUUGCUAUUAUCGGGACCACAUCGACGUUCGCUCCUCGCAGUCCUGAUGAUAUCCCUGCGCUGGGCAAAAUCGCUAAGGAACUCGAC